AAUAGAAGCGGAUUUUUUGUGAAAAUUGUGUUGAAAAAUAUAAUUAUUAUUUAUCAAAUCCAUCCAAAAUGAAAGUUGGAUUUGGAUGUUACGGUAAUUUACAUGAACAUGUCAUAUAACUCGCAUUUGCUAGUAAAAACACCAUAAUUCAUAAGGUAAUUGAUAGACCAGCUUAUCAAAAUGAAGGAGAAGGCUAAGAAAAAGUCUAAACAAAAACAGCAGUUUAGUUACACAUGUCCACAUUGUCAUAAGCAAUUCCAAGACUCGUCAGCCCUCUACUCUCACGUGAAACUCCACUCCACCGAGCUGCCCUACCACUGCGAGCUCUGUGACUACAAGUGUAAGAUCAAGAAGUACUUAACCCGUCACGUGAAGAAGACGCACACAGCGCCCACGGGGAACCAGUGCGCGGUGUGCGGCAAGUGCUUCCACUUUGAGUGUAAGCUGAGGGCGCAUAUGAGAGUGCAUACUGGUGAGAAGCCAUACAAAUGUAGUGAAUGCGACAAGGCGUUUAGUUCUUCCUACUCAUUGAGCGGUCACAAGCUAAUACAUACUGGAGAAAAGCCGUAUCAUUGUCAAUUCUGUGACUACGCAUGUCGCGAUACAUCUACUAUAAGAAAGCACAUGGAGAGACACAUGGGCGUCUCCAAGACUUAUCCCUGCAAUAUAUGUAAUAAGAAUUACAAAAAUAAGCGAACACUACAAAUCCAUGUGGACGAGGUGCAUUUUGAACUCAACACGCGCAAGUUUCCCUGUGGGCACUGUGAUAAAGUAUUUAAGACUAAAGGCACGCUUAGGAUACAUUGGAAUGCCGUUCAUCUGAAAAUAAACAGGACAAAAUGUGAGAUCUGCGGUGCUGAUGUCAGCAAGAAUAAUAUAAAUUCACACAUGAGAAGACAUAUAGAUGUUAAACCUUUCAAGUGUAGCUUCAAACCUUGUGGGAAGCGGUUUAAGGAUAAGAGCGACCUCAAACGCCACUGCCUGAUCCACUACCCGGACAGGCAGCACGCGUGCGCGCUGUGCCACCGCCGCUUCGCGCGGAAGUCGCGGCUCAACAAGCAUGUGAGCAGACACCUUAAUGGCUACGACGUGCAGUGUGAUUACUGUGGGGAUAUGUUCGCAACAAAGCUCCGCCUAUCCACACACAUAACGCGGUCCCACGGGCCGAACUCUAAGAUCUAUAUCUGCGACACAUGCGCCAUGGUGUUUCACAGCCGGCGGAGUAUCACCAGCCAUCUCAUGUACGGACACGGCGCUGAACACGUGAGUAACAUGUACUAGCUAUUACCCGCGCACAGAGGGGACUACUUACUGCAACAAGUUGUAUGUACUCACAUAACGCGGUCCCACGGGCCGAACUCUAAGAUCUAUAUCUGCGACACAUGCGCCAUGGUGUUUCACAGCCGGCGGAGUAUCACCAGCCAUCUCAUGUACGGACACGGCGC